GAUGCGUACAAUGUUGAGUCUCCGCUCAGAGGAGGAGGAGGAAGCACCGCUGUCCUCUCUGCUUCUUGGUUGCAUCUUGUGGAGUGUAAUCUGAAGGAGGUUUGCGUCCCGCGCCUGUAACCAUUAUCCUCAGUCCAUCACUGAUAGUGGAAUUUAUACCUAUAGGUAACGGAGGCUUGCUGCAGCCUCACAGAGCGAGUGGAGACACACUUGGAAAAAGAGCGGAAUUCAGCAGCGCAGCGUAAAAGCAGCGCUGGAGCACAGUGCGAGCCCUUCUUUUGGCUUUCCGAGUUGCUGCGCGAGAGAGAUGUUAUUCACACAUCCGACGCAGAGUGGGAUUACAAUCAAAGCACUUUAAUGAAGAGGAAACAAACUAUUGCAUCCAAGAACAAAUUAAAAUUCUUGUAUUCAAGGGAGAGUAUUCCGUUCACAAGCAAUUGGAUGAGAGUCGUAUCAGCCCUCAGCAACUGAAGAUGAUGUUCCCAUGGAGACAAAUUGUUCUGCUAUCAAUCACUGGAUGCCUUGCAGUCUGUACAGACGAUGUCAUAUUUCAAGGGCCAAGAUGGAGGACGGAGCCAAGUGACCUCAUUUUACCAAUCAACUCCCCAGACCAGCAGGCUACCAUCACAUGUGAGGCAGAGGGGAGUCCUCCUCUGCAGUACAGAUGGUCACUAAACGGAACAUUCAUUGAUCUGGGGAAUGACUACCGGCGUCACAUGUCUGGGGGCAGCCUGAUCAUUAGCAGACUGGACAAGGACCAAGACACGGGGCUGUACCAGUGCACAGCCUUCAACACAUGGGGCUCCAUCCUCAGCCGCAGAGCCAGCCUCCAAUUUGCAUUUCUGGAUAACUUCAAAACCCAAACGGUGAGGAGUGCUGUCAACGUCCGCGAGGGCCAAGGAGUGGUUCUGUUAUGUGGACCACCUGCACACUCUGGAGAGCUGGCCUUCGCAUGGAUUUUCAACGAAUAUCCAUUCUUUGUCCAACAAGACAGUCGUCGAUUCAUCUCCCAAGAGACUGGGAGUCUCUACAUCGCUAAGGUGGAGCCAUCAGACGUUGGGAACUACACCUGUGUGGUGAACAACACCGUCACUAGGGAGAAAGUGCUCAGCUCUCCAACACCACUGGUCCUCAGGAGUGACGGAGUAAUGGGUGAAUAUGAACCUAAAAUAGAAGUUCAUUUCCCCGAUUCAGUUCCAGCUGCAAAGGAAUCGGUGGUAAAGCUGGAAUGUUUCGCUCUUGGAAACCCUGUCCCAGAGAUAAGCUGGAGGAGAUCGAGUGGGGUCCCUUUUCCCAGCAAAAUCAAAAUGAAGAACUCAAACGCCAUCCUUGAAAUCCCUAAUUUCCAGCAGGAAGACGCGGGCACGUAUGAAUGUAUGGCGGAGAAUCGGCGAGGCAAAAAUUCUGCGCGGGGUCGUAUUUCAUUCCAUGCCAAACCUCACUGGCUCCAGACAAUGGCGGACACAUCUUUGUCCAUAGAGGAAAACCUAUACUGGGAGUGCAAAGCCACUGGAAAGUCUAAACCGUCCUACAGCUGGUUGAAAAAUGGGGAACCAGUGAUGGCUGAGGGCCGGGUACAAAUCGAAAAUGGGGUCCUUUCCAUCGCUGCGCUAAACGUGUCAGAUUCCGGGAUGUAUCAGUGUGUGGCUGAAAACAAACAUGGCAUUAUUUAUUCCAGUGCCCAACUAAUGGUGUUAGCUUCUCCUCCCAGUUUCUCCAAAAGUCCACUGAGGGCCUUGCUAAAAGCCCGCUUAGGCAGCGAAGUCAUUCUUGAGUGCAAGCCUCAGGCCUCGCCCCCCGCAAUUAGCCUGUGGAAGAAAGGGAACGAGAUCCUGCAGAGAAGUGAAAGGAUUAGUUUGCUUCCCAAUGGAACAUUAAAGAUCACCAAUGUCACCAGACGGGAUGCAGCCAGCUACAUGUGCAUCGCGAAGAACCAGUUUGGAACAGCGAGCACAACUGGGAGACUGCUCAUCACUGAGCCCACUAGAAUCACCAUGAGGCCCACUAACAUGGAGAUUAUUGUUGGCGAGAGCAUCGUGUUACCCUGCCAGAUUGCCUGCGAUCCAGCUCUGGAUGUCUCUUUCUCGUGGGCAUUCAACGGCCAGCUCAUCGACUUCCAGCAAGACAGCGAUCACUUCGAAAGAGUGGGCGGGAGUAUAUCAGGAGACCUGAUGAUUCGCAACAUCCAGCUGAACCAUGGAGGGAAGUACGUCUGUACCAUUGACACAGACGUGGAGAGUCUGUCCACCUCUGCAAUCUUGGUUGUCAAAGGUCCUCCAGGUCCUCCAGACAAGGUGUCUGUGGAGGAGAUUACGGAUAGCACAGCCCAGCUCUCCUGGACUCCUGGAAGAGACAAUGGCAGCCCCAUCACCGGAUACAUCAUCCAGGCCCGUACGCCUUUUACUGUGGGCUGGCAGGCUGUUGACACAGUGCCAGAGGUGAUCAAUGGCAACACGCUGACAGCCACAGUGGUGGGUCUGAACGCCUGGGUAGAGUAUGAGUUCAGAGUGGUGGCUCGCAAUGCUGUAGGCCUGGGAGAGCCCAGUCCACCCUCAGCCAAGACCAGGACCGAGGACGCAAUUCCUGAUACAGCUCCUACUGAUGUUGGAGGAGGAGGCGGCACAAAGUCUGAAUUAGUGAUAACAUGGGAGCCUGUUUCCGAGGAAUUGCAGAAUGGAGAGGGCUUUGGCUACAUCAUCGCCUUCAGGCCUGCGGGCACGGUCACAUGGACCCGCGCGGUCAUCUCCACAAUCGGUGCGGCGCGCUACGUGUUCCGCAACGACACUAUCCCGCCCUUCGCACCUUUCGAUGUGAAAGUGGGGGCAUACAACAACCGAGGGGAGGGGCCCUUCAGCUCGAUUGCCAUGGUGUAUUCAGCAGAGGAAGUCCCCAGUGAAGCUCCUAAGAAGGUUAGGGCAAGAAGUGUGUCUGCAGCACAAAUUGAAGUGAUCUGGGCAGCUCUGCCUGCCAUCCCUGAAAGAGUACUUGGAUAUGAGGUUGUGUACUGGGAAGACGACACGAAGCCUGACACUAUUGGUAAAGUGCGCAUAUCUGGAAACUACACAGUGGUGAACAUCACGGGGCUGAUAGCGAACACAGCGUACUAUCUCUCUGUGGCUGCAUUCAAUACAGCUGGCCCCGGGCCGCAGUCGGCACCCAUCAACACCACCACAAAGAAACCACCCCCUGAUCGGCCUCCCCUCAACAUACAAUGGACCAUGAUUGGCUCCACACUCACGCUGCACUGGGAUCCUGUAGUAGCCAUGGAGACAGAGUCAAAGGUCACUGGAUAUUUGGUGCUGCUGAAGAGACAUCGCUAUAAUGACAUCCAAACGAUCUUGACCAACAAAACCACUGUGGAGCUCAGCCUCUCUGCCAAUGACAACUAUCUCAUUCAGAUCAAGGCCUCGAGUGAGGGUGGCGAAGGAGUGGGCAGCGAACCCAUCCACAUCCACAAAUUAAGUAUGGGAGCGCGAGGCUCAGGAGCGAGCCCCCUUGGCCCGUCAUUCCUCUCUGCAGUCCUCAUCAGUGCACAGCUCUGCUCCGUCUUCUGGUGAUGUCUAAUCAGAGCACAACCCCCCUUCUCUCCUUCCGUUUCUUCAGUCAGCCUGUCCUAUAUUAACCCUCCACUGGACUGGCACAAGGCCCGGGCUUCAGUGGCAGGACAAGGGAAAAACGUGGAAAGGACUCGACUGCACCAAACUCUUAAAGGGACCACACCACUUCUUUCAUCAGAUUGUGAUGUGAUGAUUUGCGCGCAUGGUAUCUUUUUGUAUUUGCUCCUGUGUCAUAAAUGCGGUCAUUUUCAAGGUUUCAUUUUUGGAAGUUAUGAUGUUUAUCUUCUUAGUAUCUCUGCAGAUACUAAUGCCUUAAAAUCCAUUUUAAACAUACAGUCCGUACCAAAGUAGGUAACAGAGGCUGCUUUCUUUAUGGUUCCUUUAACAAUUUAUACAGUGUUUUGUAGAUAAACGUUUCAGCAGAAUGGUGAAGUAUUGGUUGUGUCCAUAUUUUAUUUACCUCAAAUUCCAUUUUCAAGGCCAAGUGUGUAAGAAUUAGUGACAUCUAAUGCCGAGUGCAAUAGAUGCCCACACCACCACCCCCGGCUUGGCCUGAAUGAGCUCCUUGCCCCAAAAAUAAGACAGUGAGGCUGUGUUGUUUUGCUAUAAAAUUGGAGGACACACUCUAAACGUCCUCCUGGGCAGACAAGCACAACACCGAAAACAUCAGACAUUUGGCGUGUGGAAGUAUUUCCAGUUCUGCACCACAGAUGAAAAAGGAACAAACAAAUCUAUGGACUCCCUUUUCAAAGGAAUGGCGUGUCAUGUAAUAUUUAUUCGAGCAUGAUUUUUUGGAAAACGUUGACAACCCUACAUUGAAGUGAGGUUUUUGUCUAAAAUACAUUUAAAAAGGCUUACUCUAAAGGUUAUAAAAACAAACAUGUUGAUAUGAUUAUAUUCAUACACAGACAUACUUAUGCGUAGUAUAUUCAAUUUCUGCCAAUCAACCAUCCUAAAUGUUAAACACUGGACUUAAAAGUAAACCAAUCCUGAAUAAAAUUGCCCUCAUCAUUUACAAUCACACAUUCAGUUUUUGCAGCUUUUGCCAAAAGAAAGACUCCAUUGCAGACUUUUACCAAGGUUUUUCAAAUACAUGAAAAAUGCAGAGGAAAUUGAUCAACUGUGCCUCCCACUGACUUAUCUCAGAGCUCCAGUUUAAAAUGAAGUCCGUAUGAGACACACAUACUCCAAAGCUUUAGGUUAACGCACAGUACUCUUCUUCUUUUUCCUGUUUCCCUCAUGCUCCUCAAAAUAAAUGCCCAUCACACGCUGCAUUUUCUGUCUGGUGGAAAAAGCCAGGAUUGUAGAGAACAGUGAGACGUUGUUGUUAUUAUGUCAAGCAGAUCCCAUGCGGAGUGUUCCUUCUCUACAUUUAGAUGACCUGUGUUCCAGAUACGUUCAUCAUAUCACCGAACGUGCACCAUAUACACCCAAGAUGACCAGCUGACACAGUGCCCAAUGGACAACAGGAUAUUAGUGCCUUCACGAGAGCUCUUGUUUUCUUAUAUACUGUAUAAGAAAAGAUCUGAAAGUCUGAAAGAUUCAUGUGGCAAAGGAGACAGUUUUGCUUUUGUCUGUUUCCACAGACAUUAGUUACAAGGGACAGGAAACUCAAGAUGCCCAUUGUUGGAAAGGGAAUGCUUAUUACAUUUUCAUACAGCACUGGAGCACCUAAGACAAAAUGGGUUGGGAGCUUUAGUAAAACCGCAGUGGAUUGAGAUAUAUGGUGGACAUUGUGGGCUCAGAAUUUAUGGUCUUUGAUAUAACAAAUGUAUGGCUCCAUUCUUGGCACAACUUAUGGGCUAUUAAGAAUAAUUGAUGCCAACACCGAGGUGGUGAAUAGAGCUCUGACUGGAGAUGGAGUGAAAGGCACAGCUGUCAUUUUACACCCACCCCCGUCAUCAUCAUCAUCAUCAUCUAUUGGACACAUACCAGACUGAACAGUAACAACAGAACAUUGCAGCUCUGCUAAGGGAGCGACUUUAUUUAUUUUUUAUUUUUUUUACACGUGGAUGAGUCUGUCAAAAGCCACCCAAGUGAAAGGCGAGCUGUGAUUACCGAGGUCCUGACUAUGUUCACGUGAAUGGGGAAGGAUAUAGAACUGCUACACAUUACCGUGCCUUUGCUGAACAUGGGGCUGUGUACGGUCAUUAGCUUGGAGGCUGUUGUAAUUGUUGGUAUUUUGCACUCUUUAACCCCCCCCCCCCCCCAUAACCCAACCCCAAAGUCAAAUGAAAGCACAAGGAACUGAUUCAAGGUGACUGGAUGUCCACGCUUUGCCGUCUGGACAGGUGUGCGGACCUCAGAGGCUUCGUUAAAAAAAAGUCCAAACAGCCGACGUAAUCAGGCUGUCCUAUCUGCUCGUUGACUGGUUUCAUAAAGCUCUGUGCUCUUUGAUUAGACUGCUGCAGACCAGUCAAUGGGAUAUCGAUUUUCCUGCCCCAUUAUAACUGCUGUCACAAUUCCACUGCUUGAUUGACUGAUGGCUACGUUCCUAUUGCACUUGUUCUGUUGUGUAACAUUCACUGAUGUUUCAGAUGCCCUCCACGACCAGAAGACUUCAAAGACAUUCUUUUUUUUGUGUCUUGUUUUUCUUUUCAAAUCUCAUAUGUAUUGCUUAAUUUUUUUCAGAUAUUUGAGUGUUUUGUCGUGUAGUGGUGGAUUGGUACUUUGAAUUGGAGCGGUGACCUAAUACUGAUUGGCAGGUUUUGAUUCUUUUGGAAUUACACAUUGAACAAGACUCAUGUUGGGGCGUUGAGCUCCCAUCAGAACUGUAUUUUCUUUUUUUCCUAACUACAAAAUAGCCCAGUCACACCACGAUUCAAUACAAUGAAAUCUCAUGAUUGAAUCAUUACAUUGUCAAGUUAGUGCUCUAUUAAACCCGUUUGGCUGCUGUUAUUAGCUCCUUAUUUCAAGUGAAAUUACUUUUUGAGAAGUCCUGAGAUCGAUUUUGAUGGUAGAAAUAUAGCUUGAAUAUGCUUUUGAAUAAACCAAAUAAAAGUGAAUUCAAAAGUCCAGUAAGUAAGAAUUAGUGGCAUCUCAAAGUGAGACUGCAGAUUGUAAUGAAUGGAGCACAACUCUCCCUCUGCCAUGUGUGUCAGGGAACUACAGUGGCGUUUGCGCCCAGAAAGGAUGUAGUUUUUCUAAAUAUGUGUGGCUUCUUGUUCAAAAUGUGGAACACACUGCUGUAGAAACACAGUGGCACAAGACGGUGGCCUGGCUAUAGCAAGAUCCUUGCCUAAAGUACACAUUAAAAGCUUAAUCUAGGAAACCGGACAAGUUUCAUUUUAAAGUGAUUUCACACUUAUACAAAGAUCACAUUUCUGCCAAUGAACGCUCCAAAUUGUUACACACUGGACAUGUGUAAGAUUGGUGAGAGCGUAUGUAUAACAGGAAUUCAUAUUUUGAGGGCUUUUUGUGAUAGACUAGUUCACAAACUAGCUUUGUUUCACAAAAAGGAUGACAGAGUGGAUUCAUUUUCACCACACUGGUGUGACUGGGCUUAAAAGUAGCUUGUGUGUUGAUCCAAAUUGUGUUAAUAUUUCCAUUGUUAUCCAAAUAAGGUAACCUCUGUGCCAAAUGGUGAGCUCAUAGGUUAUUCAUUUACAGUGCUUACAUGUGUGCUUUCUCUGAGCCUUCUUAUUUUGUAUAGUUGUUGUUGUCGUCCUUUCCUCUUACAUACAUAAGAAGCAUAAAAGUACAGUUUCUGGCCUUGUGCUUUAUUAAAUACUACAAGUACAAUCUAAAAGAAAGUGAGAAAAGCAGAUUGGAGCCACCGUCUGAAGUAGUGCAACAUAACACUAAUAUCCGCACUGUAGGUUCAGUUAGAUCAGUUUCAAUGGUGGUUAUUUCUAGAAUGAGUGUACCUGGUGCAGUGUAAAUAGCUUGCAUAUAUUUUUUAAACAUGGCCAUUGAAGACAACCCGAUUGCUUUUAUAGUGUGUUCUGACCUUAAUACUGGUGUAUUAAUCAAUGAUCUCUGUGAGAUACUGACACAUAGAACGGCAUUUUCAUAUUGAAAAGUAACUGUUUUGUCUUGUAUACUAAAAAUGUGCAUGUUAAUAAUUGUUUGUGAAUUUGUGUUGGAUUUUUUUUUUCUAAAACUAUAACUUAAUAAAAAUGUUUAUU